AGACUUUCCCCAUUCGAAAAUCUUCUCUCUCACAUGCACAAGUAAAGAAAGAAAACCCCAACACGCGCCAAAAGAAAAAUCGAUUGAUCAAAUGAGCCAAGGGGAAAACGCAGAAUCGGCGAACUGCAAACUCAAAGAAGAGGAGCUCAGAGAUUUGUUUCUCCAAAUUAUGGAGGGAUACAAUGAUUCUGCAAUCCCACCAUUAUCAUAUUUCUCCACUCCCCAAAUCCCCAAUAAUGAACACAACAUCCAGAAUUCGAGAAAGAUGCAGAAAAUUGAAUCCGAUAAAAAUCUGAGUGAGCGCAAGAGAAGGGACCAAUUGACUCAGAAUUUUUCUCUUCUUCAAUCAAUGGUGCCUUCCCUUCUCACAGCACGUAAGCCCAGCAAACUAAGGAUACUGGACAAUACAGUAAACUAUAUCAAAUUCCUUCAAGAAGAGGCAGAGAGGUUGGAAGGUCUGAAGAAAUUUCAGAGCAAACUGCGCAGGGUGGAAAGGCCUAGUCACUCAAAAUGCACAGAUCACAACUCUGUCAAUGUUACCAUCUCUGACUCUGCGGUGUUUCUCGCCAUUCAACUGCCCUCUAGGCAGGGCUCAGUGCUCAACAUACUGAGGAUUCUACAGAGGCAUGAAGCUGAAGUUAUGGAGGCACGGAUUAAUGUUAGUGACGAGAAGGUGAUGACAUUCACAGCCACGGUGAAGCUUGGAGGUCAUGGAGGCAGCUCUAUUGAUAAGAUGAGACAAGAUAUACUAUCUUCAUUACAUUUACUGAACAGAAGUUGAUUUAGAAAUUUUGGAUUCUAAUCCAUAUGUGAUAGAUUAUAAAGUUUCUUGACUAGAAUUGAGUUUAUAAGUAUAUGCAAAGAUAUGAUUAGAAUGAUUCAUUGCUGUAGUUAUUGAUUGCAUCUGCUUGUGCUCAGAGACCUCUCAU